CAUCUUGGAGGAAAACGUUAAAUAUUCUUAGCCAUUUCCUCGUGCUUGCUAUAGUAACUCCUAAUUAAAUUGUUCACUCUCUUUGAACGCGUUUUCAUCCGAACCCUUGUGCAGCAGGUCUCCCCCUGCUCUUUCAGUGAAUACAGGCUCCAUCAUCCUCAACCUUCCCUUUCAGGCUUUUCUCCCACCCCUCCUCUUUUCUCUCCUCCUGCCUUUCCUACAACCUGCUUCCUAGCAAUCUUUUGACACCUGAAGGAAAGCUAGGGAGGCGUGACCCGUUACAAGUGCCGAGGAAAGACAAUAAAAGGAAAGUCUGGGAAGGCACUGGGGAAAGGAUGACUCCUUACAUGUAGCUGCUGAUUAUUUUACAUGGAUUGCUGAGAAAAAGGAACUGCAUUUUGGGGGGGAAGCUUUUACCUCCGGUAAUACAGGGUUCAAAUCAACAAGGAAAACAGGGUAACACAAACCAAGGAAGACUCAACAGAUCAUGAAUAGAAAUAUAUUUCCAUCGCCACCUGAAGAGUAUAAUGAACCACAUACCUCAAGUGUGCAGGUAACCACAAUCAUCCCUGAGAGCAAGGGACCAGCAGAGCCAGCAGAAUCUCCAAGUAUCUCAUCGAACAUCCGGAAUGACAUUGAGCUUCCUGGAUCAAUGGAUAACAGAAGCCUGGAGGAUGGUGCCUGUGUGAGCAAUGCAAGCAGACAUAAGAGAACUGUGACAGGCAUUUGGAGGGAGACUGAGAUGCAGGAGGAAAAGGGAUGGCAAGCACAAUCAGGACAUACAGGGGAUGGCAUCAGCAGCCUGGUACUCACAAAUGGCUUACACACUGAGACAGAGCCUGGCCAAGAGAGGGAUGCCAAAGGGGGCGAAAGAAGACAAGCUCAAAUCACUCCGAGGAUGAGCAGUGCUGAUUUGGAAGAGAGCCUUUUGACAAACAAGUUGUUAUUCAGUGAGACACUCAGCAAGGCAGGCUUACAGUCACACCAGGAUGUUGCUGAGCUGCUUGAUCCUGAGGAUGGAGAUGAACAGAUAAGCUUCGCUGCUGCAGAAGCCAAGCUAAGCUACAGUGACGAUGAGAGGGAAGAUUUUGCAUUUAAAGACAUCAGAGAUGGCUUUAGCUCUACCUUUGAAAAAAUUGUGGAAUCUGACCUUAUGAAGGGCACUUACUACAGCAGCCUGGACUCCUUGGAUGUGCUCUCGCUGACUGAUGAGACAGACAGCUGCGUUAGCUUUGAAGCUCCACUCACACCUCUUAUUCAGCAAAGAAGCAAAGAAAGUUCUGAACUCUUAGAACAGAAACUCCUCGCUCACCAGAGAGACGUUCUGGAGCCCAUGAUAACAGAUAAGCAGGAGGAGGCAAUGGCCAAGGCGAUGGAUAGUGAUUUUGGGAGCCCGCUCAAACACUCUAUCACCAGCAGCCGGUCCGAGAAUGUGCUAAGCAGGGCAUCUCUGAAAAACAUCCCUAACGGCUACCAUGUUGAGAGUGCAGAAGAGGAUGCCAUGAAGCUGAUGAAUUCAAUCAGUGAUGCCAACAUAAAAGAUACCCUUUCGGACUCUGACUCUGAUAUGGGCAGUACAGAACAACUUGACCAAGGAAGCACAGAUACCCUCGUCAAUGGCUGUAAGGCAGAUGGGGAGGCCGCCAAGAGAUUGGCCAAAAGGUUGUAUCACCUUGAGGGAUUCAAGCAUUGCGAUGUCGCACGCCAGCUUGGGAAGAAUAAUGAAUUUAGCAAAUUGGUAGCUGAGGAAUAUCUUCGUUUCUUUGACUUCACUGGGCUGACCUUGGAUAAAGCACUCAGAACUUUCCUAAAAGCUUUCCCCCUAAUGGGAGAGACCCAGGAACGGGAGCGAGUCCUCAUCCACUUCUCACAUAGAUACUGUCAGUGCAAUCCAGAAAAGAGCACAUCCGAAGAUGGAAUUCAUACACUCACCUGUGCCCUAAUGCUGCUCAACACUGAUCUGCAUGGUCAUAAUAUUGGGAAAAAGAUGUCAUGCCAACAAUUUACUGCAAACCUGGAUGGACUAAAUGAUGGCAAUGAUUUUGCAAAGGACAUCUUAAAGACCCUGUAUAACUCAAUAAAAAAUGAAAAGCUAGAGUGGGCCAUCGAUGAGGAUGAACUCCGAAAGUCAUUGUCAGAGCUCGUGGAUGACAAAUUUGGUGCCAGUGCCAAGAAAAUGUCAAGGAUAGUUGAUGGCAGUAACCCCUUCCUGGAUGUGCCUCAGGCUCAGAAUGCUAUUACCUACAAGCAUGGGAUCCUCACUCGGAAGACGCAUGCAGACAUGGAUGGGAAGAGAACUCCCAGAGGACGAAGAGGGUGGAAGAAGUUUUACGCUGUGCUUAAGGGAACAAUUCUGUACUUGCAAAAGGAUGAAUACAAACCUGACAAAGAACUUUCCGAAGUAGAUUUAAAGAAUGCUAUUCGUAUUCACCAUGCCUUAGCCACAAAAGCCUCCGACUACAGCAAAAAGUCCAAUGUGCUGAAGCUGAAAACAGCAGACUGGCGAGUGUUCCUCUUCCAAGCCCCAAGCAAAGGAGAAAUGCUGUCCUGGAUCCUGAGAAUAAACUUGGUGGCUGCCAUUUUUUCUGCCCCUGCAUUCCCAGCUGCUAUCUGCUCCAUGAAGAAAUUCUGCCGUCCUCUCCUGCCAUCUUCAAUAACUAAACUCUGUCAGGAGGAACAACUGCAGUCUCAUGAGAACAAAAUGAAGCAAACUGUAGACGAAUUAACUGAGCACAAAUUACACCCAAUAGCAAAAGGCCUCAAGUCAAAAGAGGCUGAAGAAUAUCGCCUGAAAGAGCAUUAUUUAAUAUUUGAGAAAAGUCGUUAUGAGACGUACAUAAACCUUCUGUGUGUGAAGAUAAAAGCUGGGACGGAUGAUUUGGAAAAAAUUGAAGCCAACCUCUUCACAAUGGAGACUGAAGACAGUUCCUUGAGGAAGACUUAUUCUAGCCCUUCCAUAAGCCAAGGACAAUUGCCUGCUGCAAACAGCAAGGUAGAAAAAGACGUUAUAGAACAGAAUACGUCAAGCAAUGAAUAAAUACAGGUAGCCAGGAAGUGAUGGCUGGCCCUCUGACUGCAACUUGUGAGCACAAUUAUUUCUCAAAUGUACAUUAAAUACCAUAGCUCAAAGACAUCAACAGAACCAAUUCAAAGAAACUUUAGUUUACAAUUAUUCUCUCCUGGUGCUUGAGUGUUUCAGAAACAUGAACUGUCCAUACUGGUUAUUACUGUAGACAUUUCUUUAUUGUGCAUGCAAUAAAAGGACAGGUGUUCCAUACAAGGA